GAUUAUUUCCAGGCACCUGCGCAGUCAGUGCCCGGAGAGGCGUCGCCUGGCGCUCCGAGGCCUGGUGGUGCUCAGCAAGGCUCCCUCAAUGGCUAAGAGCAUCCAGAGCCUGAAUGAAAGCCUCCUGGAGCUACUGCAGGAUGCAGACACGGACGCGGUUGAGAUGACUCUCACUGUGUUCAUCAAUGUGCUGGGCUUGAAAAUCAUCCAAAUAUCCAGCCCAAUAGCCCUGAAGUUGCUUGAGGCGCUGCGGCCACUCUUUGACAACGAGCACAGCCAGCUGCAGCAGCUCUCCAUGCUCCUCUUCCGGGAGCUGAUGGAAGCGACAGAGAGGAGCAAGAGCCUAAAGCCACACGUGUACCUGAGUCUGGUGCCAUUCUACUUCAACUGGCACAAUGAGAACCAGCGUGUGGCAGAGGCCUCUCGGAGAGCACUGUUUGGUGCAGCCAGGUUCCUGAAGUGGAGGGAUCUUGAGAACUUGGUGACCAUGGAGCAGCCAUGGAGGUUUCCCGAGUGCCUGCUGGAAAAGGACAGGAGCCGAGUGGGCCAGUACGUGCGCCAGGCCCUGCCGUUCCUGGAGAGCCCAGAGGAGCCCCUGCGAAAGCUGGCCAUCAAGUUUCUGGGGAUCGCCGCCAGGUCCAUGAAGCAGGAGCAGCCAGAGCUGCAGCUCAUCUGCCAGGCCCUUCAAGACAUGACUGAUGACAGCCCUGCCGUCUCAAACCUGGCCCAGGAAACGCUCCACAUCAUCAGAGCUGUACGGAGAACUUCAUUCUUCCCAUUCUGGUAGUCUCCGUUCCUGCCUCUUCCAGCCCAUAGAGGCAUGACAGAAGACAUCAGACUCGCCAUGGCAGGCCUGGCAAUUCAACACUGCUACGUGCCAAGUGCUGUCCAGAUGGCUCCCUACUGCAGAUUCCAGCAGCUCCAAG